AUGGUGCAAAUCGAAGAACUCACAGACCAGAUGGCGGACGCCUUCAUCGCCGAAGAGCAGAGGCAGAAGGCGGCGGCGGCGGAAGCAGCGGCAUCGGUCCCCGGCGCCGACAGGGGCGCGGCGCUGCCCCCCGGUCACGCGCUCCUCAGCGGCAAGACGCCGGACGAGAUCUUCGCGGACCUGAACAAGUCGCCGCUGUUCAUGACGGAGCUCGAGGAGAACGACGACCUCGCGGCGCUCCAGGCGCUGGCGUACGAGGGCACGCCGCGCGAGAACGGCGAGGACUUCAAGGACCGCGGCAACGAGUGCUUCAAGGCGAAGCAGUACGCCGACGCAAAGGAGUUCUACACCAAGGGCAUCGACAUCCUCGCGGCGCAGGAGCGCAUGCGCUCCAAGGGCGAGAAGACGUUCCACACGGAGACGGCCAAGAGCGGCGACGGCGACGACGCCGAGGAGCGCGACGUCGAGGUCGAGGACGACGACGAGGAGAUCGCGAAGCAGCGCGCCCUGCUCGAGAGCCUCUACGUCAACCGCGCCGCGUGCCACCUCGAGCUGUACAACUACCGCUCCUGCUGGACCGACUGCGGCCACGCGCUGCGCCUGAACCCCAAGAACCUCAAGGCGUACUACCGGUCCGCGCGCGCCCUGCUCAAGGUCGAACGCAUCGCCGAGGCCGACGACGCGUGCGCGAGGGGCCUCGCGAUCGACCCAGAGAACAAGGCCCUGCAGGCCGUCGCGCGGGACAUCAUCAAGGCGGCGGAGCGCGCCGACGCCAAGGCGAGGCGGGACGCCGAGCGCAUCGCCCAGGAGAAGAGGAGGGAGGCGCUGUUGAAGGCGGCGCUGGCCGCGCGGACGAUCCGGACCCGCGAGACGGCCCAGCCGCCCGAGAUGGAGGACGCGAGGAUGCGUCUCGUCCCCGACGAGGAUGACCCCUCGUCGAGCCUGAGCUUCCCCGCCGUGCUCCUGUACCCCGUCCACCUCGAGAGCGACUUCAUCAAGGCGUUCAACGAGCAGGAGUGCAUCGCCGACCACCUCUCGUACAUCCUCCCCGUGCCCUGGGACCGGGAGAAGGAGUACACGGCCGGUAACGUGGAGUGCUACGCGGAGACCGUCAAGGGUGGUCUGGUCAAGGUCGGCAAGAAGGCGCCGUUGUUGAAGAUUCUCAGCGGCGGCAACGUCGAGGUCGUGGAUGGUAUUGUGAGGUUUUACGUCGUUCCUUCGUCCAAGGCCAAGACCUGGAUUGAGGAGUUCAAGUUGAAGAAGGCGGCCGAGAAGAAAAACUAA